CAGACACCCAGCAAUGAAGUCCUUGACUGUUCUGCUGAUCUUUGUUACAUGUUGUUCUGCAUUCCCUGUUGGGACACUAAGAGAAACUGAUGAGGGUGAUGACAGUUUGACAGGUGGAACCCCUCAGUCAAGAAGUUUCACUACCAGCGCAUCUCCAAACAAGACGGGUCGCAUGCAAGAUUUUUUUGAUGUGGAGAUAACAGGAAGACCGGAUGAAAAAAACACAGACGGGAUGCAAAAACCUAAGUGUGGUUUCAUAGAUGUGGGUGAAUUUAGCUUUUUCUCAGGAAAGCCAGUGUGGAAGAAGCGGAACCUGACAUACAGAAUUCUAAAUUAUACAAAAAAUAUGGCCAAAGAUGAGGUGGACUGGGCAAUCCAGAGAGCUUUCAAGAUCUGGAGUGAUGUCACCUCAUUUACAUUUACCAGAAUCAACAACAGUGUCUCUGAUAUUGAGAUUUCAUUUGUUUCCAGAGCCCAUAAUGAUUCUUAUCCUUUUGAUGGCCCGUCGAAUAAAUUGGCACAUGCAUUUCGACCCUCUAAUGGAGAUGUACAUUUUGAUAAUGAUGAAACAUGGACUAAUGGGUCUCAUGAUGAAAACCUGUUUCUCGUUGCCGCCCAUGAAUUUGGCCAUUCCCUUGGACUCCACCAUUCUAAUGACUCAAAAGCUGUGAUGUUUGGUCACUACCAGUAUGUCAAUCCUACAACAUUACAGCUAUCAAAGGAUGAUAUUGAUGCCAUACAAUCCCUCUAUGGUGUACAAAAGAAGCCUGUUCCACCAACACUAAAUCCAGAAAGCAAUUGCCUCCCAAACAUAACAUUUGAUGCCGUAACAACUAUGAAUGGGUCUAUGCUGUUCUUCAAAGAUGGGCAUUUUUGGCGCAAGACCCCCCAGAAUACCAAAGUUGAACGCUUUUCCAUCAGUUCAUUCUGGCCUUUCCUGACAUCUGGAAUUCAGGCAGCCUAUGAAUAUCCAAAGAAUAAUCAAGUUUUUUUCUUCAAAAAAACAAAAUACUGGGCUCUAAAAGACUAUAAAAUAGAGAAGAAUUACCCAAAGAACAUUUCUGAACUUGGGUUACCCCGAACUGUAAAGAGAGUUGAUGCUGCUGUUCAUGAUGAAGAAGCAGGGAAAACAUAUUUCUUCAUCAAUGGCAAAUAUUGGAGCUUUGAUGAACAAAAAAAACAAAUGGACAAAAGAUAUCCUCGGAAGAUUAUUACAGGUUUUCCAGGUAUUGGAAACAAGGUUCAAGCAGCCUUUAAGUAUAAGGGACUGCUGUAUUUUUCCAAUGGAAAUCAACAGUAUGAAUACAGCAUGAAAAAGAAGAACGUCACUAAUGUACUGAAGAACAUGAGUUGGUUCAACUGUAAAUCUGAAAAUGGUUGGAAUUCUACAUCAAUUGAGUAGGACAAAACUAGAAUUUCUUUAUUAGUUACUUGUAGACCUAAUUUGAAUAAGAUUCUGAGAGCUGUCCGGUCUUGUAUAGUUUAAUUUAAUAUAAACCUGGUGUUAACUUUCAACUUAUAAUAGACUUCAGAUUUGUAAAGAUUUGUAAACAAGACCAAAUCAGUUUCAUUGUAGACCCUUCAAGAAGACAUUUAAUCUACUUUAUUACUUGGGAAUAAUAGAAAAUGUAUCUUUAAUUUUUAAUAACAGCAAUUACAGGCUAAGUGGACCAUGCAACAUUAAAACAUGAUUAUAUGCAAUAAUCAUCAUCGAAAUAUAGGAAGUCUGAAUGGUAAUAACUUUGUAUAAGAGAGUAAUGGAUAUUUUGAAAGAAUAUCUGAGGAUGUUGUACACAUGUAGAAGGAGAAGUGUUUUUUCUUAUAACUAUUAAAAUGAUUC